AGUAGUAAUGUAUAUACUCCGAGAAAGAAUUAGUAAUGUAUAUACUCCGAGAAAGAAGUAGUAAUGUAUAUACUCCGAUAAAGGAGUAGUAAUGUUUAUAAUCCGAGAAAGAAAUAGUAAUGUAUAUAUUCCGAGAAAGGAGUAGUAAUGUAUAAAUUCCGAGAAAGAAAUAGUAAUGUUUAUACUCCGAGGAAGAAGUAGUAAUGUAUUUACUCCUGGAAAGGAUCAGUAAAGUAUAUACUCCGAGAAAGAAGUAGUAAUGUAUAUACUCCGUGAAAGGAGUAGAAAUGUAUAUACUCCGACAAAGGAGUAGUAAUGUAUAUACUCCGACAAAGGAGUAAUAAUGUAUAUACUCCGAGAGAAGGAUUGAACCUGCCGUCUCUUAGCUCAAUGCUUGAAGCUGCAGUAGACGCAUGCAAUAUAUAACUGCAUACAUACGGUUUAACCAAUGACUCGGAGAAAUCAAAAACAUGGAUUAAAUUUUUAAACACUCUACCGGGGUUGAAAAAAACAUGGAUUUAGUAAUUUAGAGAAAGUUUGAGUGCACAGGAAAAUAAUUAUCACUUUCACCUUUAGUCGGGACAAUAUAGGGUCUAUAGGGUGUAUAGAGGGCACUAGGGAGAUGAAUUGUAAUGGUUUGAUGAGGUUACGAACUCUUGAUCCUUGGUUUCCCUUCAAUCCUGGUCCAACACUCAGUUUCAUCUUUUCCUUCUCCUCCUACACAUACACAUUCAUCCUGCUCCCGGUACACUCUUACAUAGGAUACAAGAUACAGGAUAGGAAAUACAGAAUACUGUUUUGAGAAUACAGGAUACAGGCUUCAGGUAUGAAACUGUUCCUCCUGGUUCUCCAGUUCUCUCUGUGUCUCCCGGACCCGGAGAGAGACGACAGGGGCGGGUUCAGAGAAAGGAUCCAGUGUAUUGAGAAUGGAAAAUUUUACAGAGAUCCAAGUACAAGUAAAGAUCUUCAAUUCAGGAAGAAAGAAUGUGCCGAGUAUUAUCUGUGUAUAGAAGGGGAGGUAUUUGAUUUCAAGUGCUCAACCGGACUUAAGUUCGAUAUUCGGAGACAGAUCUGUGAUUUUACGGAAUCUGUGGACAACUGUGAUGUGAUAGCUGAGCAAACUACUCCUAAACCCCUCCUAUAUACAGACGAACCUAUCUGUAGAACAGGAGAAACAGCAUGCAGUGAUGGUUCUUGUCUCCCGACAGAGCUGUUCUGCGACGGACACCCCGACUGUUUUGACGGAAGUGACGAGGGUUGGUGUGACCCAGAGCACGAUCCUAACUCUGCUCCGUUCUGUGAUUACUCCAACUGCUCCCUGCCGGACUGUUUCUGCUCCUCCGAUGGCACCAAGAUACCUGGCAACCUGGAUCCUAAAGAUGUUCCUCAGAUGAUAAUCAUAACCUUUGAUGAUGCUGUGAAUGAUGAAAACUGGGAACUGUACCAGGAGAAACUCUUCCCACCAGGAUUCAAGAACCCGAACGGAUGUCCGAUCCACGGAACCUUCUAUGUCUCUCAUCAGUAUACAAAUUAUGCUAUGGUACAGAAACUCUGGAAUCAGGGGCAUGAGAUUGCAGUACACAGUAUAACCCACAAAGGUCCUGAGGAAUGGUGGGGUAAGAAUGCAACUAUAGAAGAUUGGUUUGAUGAGAUGGUGGGUCAGGCAAAUAUUAUCAACAGGUUAGGAACCAUUUCAAGUAAUUCCCAUAAAAAAAAUAAAAAUUAUAAAAUUUUUUUUCUAACUCUUCCAGGCAACAGACAAUGUCCUUCUCGAUCUUUCCCUGGAAUAUGGGAGAUGCCGCUGAACCAGAUUACAAUGGAAGAAUUCAGCUGCGCCAUGUCUAGGCGACAUUAUGACACGAACCGAGCUCCUCUAGGACUCUACUUCCACACCUUGUGGUUUAAGCAGAAGAAGAACAGAGCUGCCUUCAGGAAAUUCCUCGACGAUAUGGUCAAGAGGAAGGAUGUUUAUAUUGUCUCUAACUGGGAGGCAAUACAGUGGAUGCAGAAUCCAACUCCUCUGGCGGAAAUGGAAUCUUUCCUACCUUGGAACACGUGCACAGAACCGGUUCCGGUAGAGGAGCAGGCCUGUAAUAUUCCCAGAGUUUGUAAGCUUGACUCCCGUGAGCUACGCCGUGAAAGGUAUCUGUACACGUGCAAGGAAUGCCCGGAUUCCUAUCCCUGGAUCAAGAAUGAGUUCGGACAAGAGUUUAAAUAAAUUUUGUCAAAGAUACAGAGUAGCCCGCAAAGGUACAGGGUAGCCCACAAAGGAGACGACUUUGCUAAAACCCCAAAUUCAACUUAUAAAUAAUCAUUUAUAAAGAAUUUUGAGUCGUCAUUUGAGUCUCAUCCUUUGUAACUACCCUGUAUAUAAUAUAUAUCACUAUGGCAGCUAUUGUUUAAUUCAUAUUAUUUACUAUUCGAUUAAAUUAUAUUUUAUUCUUGUA